GACUUUUUUACCCUCUCACCGCUACUCACCCAAAAUAGUGAUUAGACGAUUCAAAUGAUCAUAGAAUUCCUAAAACCCUAAACCCUCUCCCAUCCUAAAAUCAUUAUUAAGCAUGAGCAUGGAGAAGGAGAAAAAAGCUGAGCUUGCAAGUCUCCUAAAAUUUCUACCCCCUGUAGAGUUCUGCUGUGUUUAUGGCUCAGCUCUCCAUCCAAACAAUUAUAACAAGUCAACGAUGGUGGAUUACAUUCUUGGUGUAUCAGAUCCCAUGCAAUGGCAUUCUCAGAAUCUGAAAAUGAACAGAGAUCACUAUGCCUCAUCGAUGGUGUACCUUGGAGGGGCAAAACUGAUUACUCAAGUAGCAGAUGAAAUUGGUGUAGGAGUACACUUCAACCCAUUUGUUUCUGUGAAUGAUGAGAUGUUCAAGUAUGGAGUUGUUAGGAUGCAUGACUUGGUUGAGGACGUACUGAACUGGGAGACAUUCUACUUAAGUGGUCGUUUACAAAAACCUGUUCAAGUACUCGUGGAUAAUUUGGAUAUUGGAAAUUUAAAUUCUGUUAAUUUGAAGGGUGCAAUCUCUGCUGCUCUCCUCCUUUUGCCAGCCAAGUUCACUGAGGAACAUCUGUAUGCCAAAAUAUGUAGCCUCUCAUAUAUGGGUGACUUGCGGAUGCUGUUUGCAGAGGACAGAAACAAGGUGAAGAAGAUUGUACAAGUGCAGUUUGAUUUAUUCCAAACAAUGUACAAACCAUUGCUAGAAGAGUAUGGAGCCAAAGGGUUAUUACGAUUCUCCUCAUCUGAUGGUCAUCAAGCAAUUAUAUCUCAGGAUUGUGGUUUAUCUGUAGCUCGUUCCCUUGUUUCUUCUCUUCCUUCAAAGGUUCGAAGCCAAAUGGGGAUGAAGCUAGGGGAGAAAACGAAACUCAGUGAAUCAGGACGAGUACUACGUGAAGUGGUGGUUGGUUCAAGAGAAGAGGCUGCAGAAUGUAUGCGGGGAGUUUUGAGGCGCAAGGUUAUGGUUUCGAGUGCAAGGCAGGCUGUAUCUGGUCUAGUGGCUGUUGGUGGCGUUAAUGCCAUUAGAUAUCUUGCAAAUAAAAUGGAGAAGGCCUGGAAAUCCUGGACAUGAUACAAUUGCAGCUGUUCUUUUGAAAAAAAAAAAAAAAGUAGAAUUCUAACACAGGUAAGUUAAGCACAAGCAUCAUAAAUAAGAAAGCACACUGAUAAUCAACAUUAGUUGUUCUAUCGCAUUGCCAAAUGGACUUGUCUGGAUUUGCUGAUGAACCAUUUUUUUCCCACAGAACUGAGUUGUUGUUGUUUUUUUUAAUAUUUUAUUUUUUAAUUUUUGGUUUUGUAGGAAGUGGGAAAUGUAAAAGGAAUGCUGAAUGAGGGUUGAAAGAAUAGUUUUCAACUGGAGGUACUCAUGAUGUAUGAACAUUCAUAUCUGUUGCUAAUUCCUGCUGCAUUUGUUGGUUCUUUUUCUUCAAAAGUAUUUUUCUAAGACUUCCCAAGAGACAAGGUGUUAAAACACUAGUACAAAUAAAUUUGAUAUGCAUUGUUGAUUUAA